UCGAGAUGGUUGCAGCCAUGGGCCGGUGUCCCGCUGCCGCUGCUGCCGCUGCUGCCGCCGCCGCCUGGGCGCUCCCCUCCCUCCCUCUCCUCCUCCUCCUCCUCCUCCUCGCCCUCCCGGGGACUCGCAACAGCUCAGUGCCCGAGAAAGAAACAAUAGCACUCACCCUCUUCUUCACGGAUGACCCCAGCCUACCGGAGGGGAUAUUAGAACUCAAGACCCAUGACAGAAGUAUUGCUUACUAUGACACCACGUUAUCAAGUGCUCAGUUUCAUUUGGCUGGCUUGGAGCAAUUUCGUAUACUCGUUGAUGAGUUUGUGGAAAAAAAUAAAGACAACACGAUAGCAUUAGGACAGAGCCUGUUGCAUCAAGUUAUGGCGUUAACCAACAACUCUCUUCCCCCAAAUGAAAUUGGCAAGCUCUUUCUGUACUCAGAGAAACCAGUUGUCUUCGGUGAGACAAAUACUUUGAUCUGUUUCAUCACCGGCUUUUUCCCUCCGGCAAUCGUUGUAACAUUGCAGAAGAACGAGAAGCCGCUCAGCGGUGAAGUUAACUCCUCGCGUCUCUCAUUUGGCGAUGACUGGCGAUUUCAAAUGUUCCAGUACGCACACGUCCAGCCUGCGGUGGGUGAUAUAUAUUCCUGUAAAGUGGUCCACAACAUCAGCAAAGAGGAAAAGAUAAUCUACUGGGAACCAGAAGAGCAAGACAGGAGUGAAGACAUGACUGAACUGCAUACAAGCCAGCUUGCUGUUUUAAUCUGCGGACUGAUUGUAGGAAUACUUGGCACAGCAGUCGGACUCUGCUUAUGUUUCUGUUUGCGAGUGCCUGGUUGGGGCUCUUGGAUAAUCCGGAUCAGUCCCUCUGUCAGGGUAUUAGAUUCAUCAUGAGAAAUGAAUCUGCUGCCUCUACCUCUUGUGCAAUAUUUCCCAGUGGUCUGUACUUGGCACUGCUGCAGUUAUGCGCAUUCAGAUUUGUGAUGCAUCAUUCUCUACCCUGUCUGAGGGUAUUGACUUUAAAUGCUGCUUUCUGACUUUGAAGUUCUUUGUUUCAUCUGUCAGUCAUCCAUUCCCGUGCACCCUCCACUCAUGCAAUGACAGUUUACUCCUUCAACCUCAUCUGCUUCUUCAACUAUUGUGCCUCCUCUCUCUCUAACCUCUGACUGGCCUUCCGCUCUGCUGUGCCAUGUGCUUUCAGAAGCCUUCAUAAAACACUUCUCUUUACCACCAUCUCCAAUUUCUCUAUUUUCACUUCUCCUUGUGAAAUUGGUGAGGUACAUUUCUAUCCAUGUGAGCCAUUGAAACUGUUGUAAAUUAAAACUACUCGUUAAAUCAGUGGAUAUCAAAAUGCUGAAAAUCUAAAGCAGAAAAUAAACCAUUAGCUGUUCCUACAGCAUUUGUGGAGCAUAAAAGGUUGGGUUCACACAAAAGCUCCAGCAUUUCCUCUCUUUCACAGCUACUGCCUCUGCAUUAACCAGCAUUUUCUGUUCUUGAGGUAGCUGAUUACAAUUUACCCUUGCCUUGGUAGCUUUUAAAUGAGUGAAAUUGCACCUUCUGCUGCUGGAAAUUGAUUCCUUCCGAGUUUUUAAUGCUGUGCUUGACUCCUGCCAAAUGACCAUGCUUCUAGUAUGUGAAUUUUACUCCAUUCUCUGCGGCUGUUUUGAUACGUUACUUAACAACUAUUUGAUUUACACAUUUCAGUGGCUGCUAUUACUUCGGCAAGUGUAACCACCAUUUUCCCUACAGGCUAAGGCGACCAGUUCAUUUUCUUUUAUAAAGGUGACUCGUUUGGUAAUGUAGAUCGAUGGAAAAAUAUUGGCGAGAACAUCUAGACAACAGUGCCACAGCAUUUGUAACAACCACCUGAACAAGCAGGCAUGACCUCCAUUUAACAUCUCAUCUGAUUGGUGUUUCCAACUAUGCAGCACCCACUCACAGUUAUCUUACUAAAUAGAGAUUGCGUCGGACAUUUUCGAAAGAAUGUCUUUUGUUCCUGUAGGGGAGGUGGACUUUUACAAAAUAUCAAAGCCAACCAAAUAUUUUGGUUUUUUAAGAAGUGUACCCGUGUAUAUAGUUUACUUCCAGGGAUCUCAUUAAAUGAAGCAAUUAGUGCUUUCCUGACCUCGAGUGCUGUCUGCAUGUUCUUCCCCCUGAUCAUGAAGGUUUCCUCCUACAUCCCAAAGAUGCACUGGUAGUUAAUGGGCUAGUGUAUAAGGUCACCACUAAGUGGCAAAAGAAUUAGAAAUGGCAGUGAUAGAGAAAAAGUACACCACAGAAAAAUAAGUAGGGAUGAAUGGGGUUGUUGUGUUCCUAGCGAAGUCUCUGCAAGGUAUGCCAACUUUGGAGAAGUUUUCCUCCUCUGCGACAGGAGUUCUGUGAGACCCUCUCUAACUGACCCUCCGCUCUGGUUCUUCGAUCACACUCCCAGACUCAUUACGACAGCCACGUGUUCUUCCUCUCUUGUGUCUCCAUUUGGCUCUGUUGGAAACUGGCAUAGACCUGAUGGGCCGAAUGAUCUUCUGUAUUGUAAAGAGUAAGUCAACCUCUCAGAGAUUGAAAAAUGAGCAAGUGUAUUUAUGUGGUUUGAUAGCUCUUUCUCAGAAUGUCUUGAAGCAUUUCACAUCCAAUCAAUUACUA